CGACUUCGGUUUUUUUCCGCUGACCAAUUUCCACUUGCCUGUUAUCAGUCAACAAACAACUUGAUCAGACUCAAAGUCAAGCACUACUUUUUUAAAUUUUGCCAGUGAAAUACGAAAUCCCUUCGUUGUUCCCAUUUUUUUAUUCAUCAUAUCAAUUACAAGUGUGCGUCCAUCGUUUUUACUUAACGGGUUAUUUCAAGCAUUUCCGCAAUGGGGAAAAAACGAUCUCGACGUCCAUCGGAAAGCGAUCCUACCGGCCAGGAUUACGUGGUCGAGGAUAUGCAAACGGAGGAAGUGAUCGCGGAAGAAAAAGACUUUCAGCAGGUUCCUGCUUAUCAAAUGUCCAGUACGCAGUUUAUUCUGGCUGUGCUGUGUCUGUCCGCGGGUAUUUACGUAAUGAUCAGUUCCUCGGCGCAUCUGCCAGCGUAUGGACGUGCAAACACUACAGACUUCGUUAGCCGGAAGCAUCACUCGGCGGCCAGCUUGCCAAAGGAAACACCGAAGAAGGCAGCAGCCACCGGAAACACCAUGGACAGCGGCUCUUCGGGAAAAUGCAACAUUGUCCGCAAACCCGUCAGCAAGAUCAAUUCCAAAAAGUUUCACCGGGAAUAUCGUCACAUGAAACCGCUAAUCAUCCAGUUUCCGGAUGGACCCGCCUCGUGGAGCCAACCGGAAGUGUGGUCGUUAAACCGGUUGCUGCAGAAGUAUGGAGAUGUGAAAGUCGAAUAUGGAAACAGCAUUGACCUGGCUUACGCAAAUGAUAAAACCGAUACGGACAUGUCCUUGGCAGAAUUCGUAUAUGAUUUUCUGUCUACGAAACGCAAUACUUCCUUUAUGGCCUACGCAAAGUUUCCACCGGACACCGUCAACGAUACCCUGAAGAUUCCGAAAUUCCUGAAUGCAACGUCUGGUUUCGCGGAUGGAUCCUUCGGCGUGGGAGCUUCCGGUUCCGGUGUGGCCUUCACUCGGCAGACCGACAUGUGGACCGGGGUGCUGCAGGGCCGGCAGCGUUGGGUGCUGUACGCGCCCGAGGUCACUCCCAUCACAGGUUACUGGCCGGGUGUGGAGGUGACGCACUGGCUGGAUGCAUUUUAUUCGCGUGCAGUAGAACCAAUGGAAUGUGUUCUGAAUCCCGGUGAUAUCCUGUAUGUGCCCGGUUGGUGGUACAGCGCCUUUGUGAAUCUCGACGCCUCUGUUUCUGUGCAAUUCCUGAAUCAUACUUCACAGGACACUGCUCUGGGAAAUAUGAGCAGCUUAUUAGAAUCACUAAACCGUGAUGAUCGCCUGGAUGAGCGCGCACGACUGGAGCAGGCAUUCUCUAUUUUGCUGGCACUGCACGAGACAUUCCCGGACAAUACCGAAUACAUGAAUCGUUUAGGGGAGAAUUAUGCCGCUCGAGGUGAUUUCAUCAGUGGUAUCGCCGCCACCCUGGAGGCCGUCCGUCUGGAUUCGGAUUUCCUGGUGGCGCACUUGAAUCUGGGCAAGAUGCACUUUGCUACUGGACGCUAUGACGAAGCGGAAGCGCAUUUUCAGAAAGCGGCCAAUAUUAACCCGGUCAAUGCGGACUUAUGCGGACUGUAUGGAGAGUUUCUGGUGUACCGGAAACGAGUAGAGGAAGGCAUCCAGUGGUUCGAAAAGGGUGCUGCGCAUCAUCCUCACAAAAAGAACUAUUUAACGGCAUUGUCCGAUCAAGCACGCGGAUUGUUGAGUGGUUCGCCUGAUUUUCCCGGCCAUCGUGAUGCGCCCUAUGCCAAUUUGCAAAAAGUCUCGGUGGUUUAAUUGUGAUGUUUGUAAUAAUCUUCGCGCCGUGUAUAGCACAGAGUUUUUAGCUUUUUUUGCAUGUUCGCAGUUCUUGCUGAUUCGAAUUUUAUCUAAAUGCAAAAUGGUAAUAUACAGUGUAGUGAUUAUACACGUACAAUGAUCUUGGUGGUUUAUAAAUUAUUAGCAAGACUAGUAGACCCCGCGCAAAUUGCGCAAUAUAUAGGCUACCGGCUACGGAAU